AUGUCUUCCCCCAAGAUGCACGCGCCUCCGCUCGAUCCACCUCAACCCUUUACCUACACCGACUGGGUGGUCAGAAUUCCGAUUUCACAAAUACCCCAGGAAGAGUCUCCAGAGACUGCAAGAGACGUGUAUCAGGAGAAUCUGUGGAAGAAGCUAGUACGGGUGGUUGAGUCGCGGAUCGGCCAAGGUCGCUGCUUCUACAGCUUCCUCCCGGGCCAGUCGGUCCAGACGAAACGUCCGGGUCAGAUCGAGGUGACCAAGCUAUACGCAUUCCAUGAAGUCAAACACUGGCCUGGAGCAUGUGAACAGUUGCAGUGGACGUCGUUUGUCCUGGCGAAUAUUGAGUACGACGACCUAAUCAAAGAACAUGGAUCAAACCUAAACAUAACAUUGCCGGUACUCCCUUCAGCGGCGGUACGUAUGUAUCAAGUAAUGAAACGAGAUCAAGAUCAGGACCUGGCAAGGAUAUGCGCCGAAGCAGGGACCACAAUAGGCCAGAUGGUUGGGGGAGAAGUCAGUCUCUACACGACAGGAAGUGAGCGGCUGUCACCCAUCGGUAUUGUUGCUUCCGAGACCGCCAACAUGAACAUGCCCUCCAUUGGCUCCUCACCAUCUUCAACCCCAACGGCGCCGGAUAAGCAGUCGGACAUGGCGCAAGGAAGCCACAUUAGCUGUGACUGGACGGUCGAAGAGAUAGUGGAAGAUGAGGAAAAGUUCCACCGAUAUGUGCAACUGCACGCGACGUGGACGCGCAAGGCGACCUCGAUGAUGCAAAUGUCCAUGGUCCGCUGCAUCUGCCGUCUCCCUGGAAUGGAGGACGUGGCGUUCAAGGAUUGCUGGAUCCAAGCUCGACAGCGCGUCCACGGCCAGGCCGAAACCUUCCUGCGACGUUGGCGGGUGGAAUCUCCCCGGUUUACACGGAAUCCGAGCCGGUCGUCUGGCAAUUGGCUGGAAAGACAGCUCAAGUCUCUUCUCGCCUCCAUCGCAUACCGCCAUCCAAUCGCCGCCUCGGCCACGGCGUUGUCGCCGGUGUCGCAGGCGGUACUGCGCAGAAGACACUUUUUGGUCGCCAUGGCCAGACAACGACAGAUCCUCGCCACGUGGGCCGCCCAGGUCAAAAAGGCCGCCGACUGCAAGACAGGCGUGCGGUAUCGUCGCGAGCACACAUUCGUGCUGGACUUGUGGACGGGCAAGAUUGUGAAGAGGAAGAGAGAGUCGGGGAAAGACACUGACGAGCCGAUGACUGAGCAGACGUAG